UGUUUAUAGUUUAUCUCCUCCGAUGGCUUCUCUACUCUACUCUCUCUAGUCCAAUAUAAUUAUUAUUCCAAAAAGGCUAUCAAAAUUGGAAAAAAAAUCUUUGUAUCCAAUUCCUAAAAGUCGUUUGAGUGUCAACAUAUGAAAGGUCAUGAGUACAAUGAAUUUUAGACUCCUGCUUUUGGAGCUUAUAUCAGUUUCUAGUUUCUAUCUUCCCGGGGUGGAUGUUUUUAUUACUCCAUUUGUUAAUAGUGUAAAAAUUAGUCGCAAAAGUUAGGAUUUUGGAAAAGUCAGUUGCAAUGAGAUUAGUUUUAACGGCUAAAAGUGAUUGAUUCGUCGCCGUGCUUCGUUUUGCAAAAAGUGACAAUCUAAUAAAAGGACUUCAUAACCCAUCUUCUGAAAAAACCGAGGUAUUUACAGUGCUGAUGAAUUUGGUAAAAAGACGUAUUAAUAAUGUCAAAUUCUCCCGGAAAAUUACUCUUGUCAAUUACUCAACCAAAGAUCAUCUACUAUCUGAUCUAGAUAAGCCGCGAGACUUCUUAUCUGACAGCUUAUCUAAACUUGCCGAGGACGGGGCAAAGAUAAACAGUCGUGUUUUACGUUGUUCAAACUUGAAUGUUGUUUUCCCGUAGAUAAUUUCCUCAGAGUCACGAAUUCCAUCGGAUCACGUAGGACCAUGGACAGUUUCCCACAGCAGAGGUACGAAACCAAGAUCGAGGGUUUCGAUUCAUGCAUGAUUGAUGCAAACCAGCAGCAAGAUAUGACUCAGACUGUCAGUGGACAAACUCCUGCUCAGCAGACUCAGCUGGACAACCAGGAAAAUCGUGAAGCAGCGAUACCUCAGCAACAGUCGCAACAUUUACAAAAUCAGGUCCCUCCCUUGGCACAAAAUGCUCAACAACACAUGACACUCACCCCGGUGCGAUUACCUGCGAUAUUAGACGGAGAAUUUUUCUCCGUUAUUAGACUUGAAGACACCAAUGUCACUGUUCGAUGUCUGCAGUGCCAAAAACUCCUCAACGGUAACCUCAAGUCCACUGGAAAUUUUCUCAGUCACAUCAAAAGAGUCCAUCCAUUUAUGGUUGAAAAAAUAAAAUGUAAAUCGAAUCAAAGAAGACCAGCAGUCAUAUAUAUAGAUUUAUCAGCAGAAAGAUGUCCAGAAAUUGUGAGGGCGAAGCGAGGAUACAGAAAAUACUACAAAAUGGAAGAUUGUCAGCAAAUGAUUGAAGAAACACCAAAUUACGAACAAACUUCUGAAUGGACAGAUUCAUCAAUAAUCCGCAGGCGGAGAUCGGAAGAACCGGAAUCUAGUGAAGUGAUGAAAGCUGGCCACAAUAAUUCCCUCGUUAUCGAAGACGAGUUUGAUGCAAUCGGUAGAAAUGUUGCUGCAAAACUUCGAAAUAUGCGGCUUGACCAAAGAAUUAUAGCUGAAAAACUUCUAAACGACAUUCUCUUCGAAGCACAACUUGGUAAUCUUCACAGAGAUUCGAACAUACACGUUUGAGAAAAAAAAUUUACCUUUUUUAUUGAAGCAUCUGGGCUGGCGAGAAUGUACAAUAGAUAA